GAUACAAUACCCAAAUACUAGAGGAGAAGUAACAGGGUUUAGCCAGGGUUUGCCUCUCAAAACUCUCUCUCUCUCUACAGCUUUUGAACUUUACUGCAAAUAGUUUGUUUCAAUCUCAUGUAAGAACUUUAAACUCAAACACCCUUUUUGCUCGUUAUUCACUUCCUCAGCAAUUUGUCCAAUUUUCCUUUUAUUUUUUUCUUUUUACUAUCAAAUAGCUUACUUGUACUGGUUUCUGUUCGUUCACUACCAUUUUAUGUUUAUUGGAUUUUCUCUAUAGUCUUUGUAAUUGCAAAUUUAAGUAAACCUGGAUUAGUAUUAGUAUACUAUCUUCAUUAUUUACAAAAAAAAAAAUGCCCUGAAAAGUUUCAAUUCUUGAUUUUCACCAUAUCCAAUGCGUCGUUGCUUUGCUGUGUUUACCCAUAGAAUUCUCAACAAUUACAAUCCUAUCGGUACCACUACUACUACCUUUUUAUACUCAAAAAACUGUCCUUUGAACCCGAGGAUUAAUGGGUUUGCUUUAUUUCGUUUACUGUCGUUCACCCCAAUGCACCGGCGUAAUCCGGAUCCUGAUGACCCCGCCACCCUAAUGAAGGAAGAUGGUGUCUCAGUUUGCUCCCAAAUGUGGAUUGAAAAUUUUCGUGAACCUGAUAGAACAGUUAACAAUUUGACCUCGUAUCUUCGUCGUUUUGAAUUAUGGGUAUUAGCUUAUCAAAAAGUCUCUGCUGAUGAAAUGGGAGCAUAUUUGCCUCGUAGUGCAAUACAGAGGUCGGCAUUGGAGGAUUUGUUAGCUCUUAGAAAUGCUGUUCUUGAUAAUAGGUUUAAGUGGGGUGCUAGGCUGCAGUUUUUUAUCAAGUCUCCAAAGGAUAAGACAGAUUACGAGUCUUUGUCAAAGAGAAAGAUUAAGGCAAUUUUGACAACUACACAGCCUGCUGCUUUUCAGGAUAAGAUUGUUCAAGAGGUGCUGUUUAUGAUUUUGGAGCCAAUAUAUGAAGCACGAUUUUCACAAAAGUCAUAUGCUUUUAGGCCUGGAAGGAAUGCACAUACUGCAUUGAGGGUGAUUAGGAGGAGUUUUGCUGGGUAUUUAUGGUAUAUAAAAGGGGAUUUGAGUACGGUUUUGGAUGGUGUGAAGGCAGGUUUGGUGAUAAGUGCUUUGAUGAGAGAUGUGAGGGACAAGAAAGUGAUUGAUUUGGUGAAGGCGGCCUUGACUACACCUGUGAUCACAACUAGUGUGGAAGAGCCAAAGAAGAAGAAAAAGAGGAAAUAUCAGAAAAAGAGGGUCUUGGCAGAAGAUGAGCCCAAGCCAGAUCCAUAUUGGUUAGAGACCUUUUUUGGGUUUGCACCUGAGGAGGCAGGAAAACUUCCUUCUUGGGGGCAUUGUGGGAUUCUCAGCCCUCUUUUGGCUAAUAUCUGCCUUGAUGAACUGGACCGGUGGAUGGAGGGAAAGAUUAAGGAGUUCUACCAUCCUUCAAAGAGUGAUGUCAUCUGGAAUAGUCCAGAAGGAGAAGCAGAACAAGGAAAUACGUCUUGGCCUGAAUUUGUGCCAACAAGUGGCCCGGACAAGACCCGUAAAAUGGAUUAUAUAAGAUAUGGAGGUCACAUUUUGAUUGGUGUUAGGGGACCUAGGGCAGAUGCCGCUACAUUGAGAAAGCAAUUGAUUGACUUUGUUGAUCAGAAAUACUUUCUCAAGCUUGACAAUGAGAGCCUCCCUAUUGAACAUAUAACUAAGGGUAUUAUGUUUCUUGACCAUGUUUUGUGCCGAAGAGUUGUGUAUCCGACUCUUCGAUACACUGCCACUGGUGGGAAGAUCAUCAGUGAAAAGGGUGUUGGCACUCUUUUGUCAGUCACAGCAAGUUUGAAACAAUGCAUUAAGCAGUUCAGGAAGUUGAACUUUCUAAAGGGAGACAGAGAUCCCGACCCACAACCUUGCUUUAGAAUGUUUCAUUCUACUCAAUCUCACACCAAUGCGCAAAUGAAUAAGUUGUUGUCAACAAUGGUUGAGUGGUAUAGGUAUGCUGACAAUCGGAAGAAAAUUGUUAACUUCUGUUCUUACAUUAUAAGGGGUUCACUUGCAAAGCUUUAUGCUGCAAAAUACAAGCUUCGCUCACGUGCAAAGGUGUAUAAGAUUAGUUCCCGGAACUUGAGUCGUCCUUUAAAGGAUAAGAAAGGAUCAUCACCUGAGUACCACAAUUUACUAAGAAUGGGCCUUGUAGAGUCCAUUGAUGGGCUUCAGUAUACCAGGAUGUCUCUUGUACCUGAGACUGAUUACACCCCUUUUCCAAGCAACUGGAGGCCUAAUCAUGAGAAGGCAUUAUUUGAAUACAUAAAGCUGGAUGAUCCAAAAACCUUGGAGGAGCAACGGUACUGCAUUAGGGAACAGGGUCUGUUUUCACCUCAGGAUUAUAUUUCAAUGCUUGUUUGGAACUACAAGAGAAAUGCUAUUGCAAUAGAUCAGAUAACUCUUGUACAAUCUGGUGAUAAUAACAAAGAGAGAGAUCGACAGUUGCUGCUGGGCACUAAUCACGAGAACAACAUUCAGAAAAGUAUAGAAGAUGAGGAACACAGAGAAGGGUUUCAUGUGGCACAAAUGUAAGAUACCUUUUGUACUCUCUGCUUGAAAGGCCUCAUUUUUUGUAAGUGGGUUUCAUACUGUUUAGAAGAAGCAAAGCAAUAUGAAUUUAUCAUGCAAUAAGCUAAAAGUGCCUCAUGUCAAGUAAUUGUAGACUUUCAUGCAUAAAUUCAAAUUAUAUAUCCAAUUUUAAGGUUAGAGGACUCAAUUGAAUUGGGUUUUACUUGUAAUUGGUUGAUAAGGUCGUUUAGCAUCACUCUUUACAUCUAUCUGCUUUCGCUCGUACCUUAUUGCCCUUGGGAGUUACGACUUCUCAUGUUAUAAGCAAUACAACAAGCUGCUGUAAGCUGUAUGCAUAUUUUCCUGUUUAAAUGUUAAUGUACAAUCUCAGAAUCAGCCUUUUGCUUUCUCCA